AUUGACAACUAUACCCCGAAAUCAAUUGCGAGCUUCGCAAACCCCCACUAGUUUCGAAAGAGGGUAAUUUUGUCCCUCGCAGAAACAUUGAACUUAAACACUCGGCAUCAAAACCCUAGCUCCCUUUGCCUCCAGUCCUCCUCCUCCUCCUACUAUUAGGGUUCUUACCUCUCUCUGCGCCCCUCUCCAGACCCCUCUCGCGGCAACAACUUUAAAAGCCCUAAUGGCUUCGGAGAAGAAGUUAGCGAACCCCAUGAGGGAAAUCAAGGUCCAGAAGCUGGUCCUCAAUAUCUCUGUGGGCGAGAGCGGUGAUCGACUCACCAGAGCCGCUAAGGUGUUGGAGCAACUCAGUGGCCAAACCCCUGUUUUUUCCAAAGCAAGGUACACUGUUCGGAGCUUUGGCAUCAGGCGUAAUGAGAAGAUUGCCUGCUACGUCACUGUCAGGGGUGAAAAGGCCAUGUCACUUCUGGAGAGUGGGUUGAAGGUCAAGGAAUACGAGUUGCUCCGAAAGAACUUUAGUGAUACUGGUUGCUUUGGCUUUGGUAUCCAGGAGCACAUCGAUCUGGGAAUCAAGUAUGAUCCUUCUACUGGUAUUUAUGGAAUGGAUUUCUAUGUUGUUUUGGAGCGCCCGGGUUAUCGUGUGGGUCGUCGUCGUAGAUGCAAGUCUCGUGUUGGGAUCCAGCACAGGGUCACGAAGGAGGAUUCCAUGAAAUGGUUCCAGGUCAAAUAUGAGGGUGUGAUCCUUAACAAGUCCCAGCAAAUCUCUUAGGCCAUUAGGAUUGCAGAAUUAGUAUGAUUAGUCUUCAUGACCUGAGUCCCUCAAUUUUUAAGUGCUGUCAAAGCUUGAGUUAAUGUGUGGUUACUCGUCUGGAAUUUUGGUUUUCACUUGCGAUAAAAUUAAAUUUUAUUUUCUUCAAACUCUGAAGAAGUUGGGUAUCGUUAUUGGGGAAUGAUAACUCUAAAUUGUUAA